GUUUUGUUCCCCAUUUUGGCGACGUUCAUUUAUUUCCGCUUCUGCAGCUCGUCUCUUAAUACGAUCAGCUAGGCUGAAAUCCUCACGGAUAUAUAUUCCGGAUCCUAUCAGUUUACGUGAAUUACUUGGAAUCAGGUUCCUUUCUUCCACCGUGUUGAAUGUAACCUUCAGGAGGCGGUUUUUCGGAGGACUUUCGGAACCCAUCUUUUUUCCUAUUCUAUAAAGCUUACAAAUACUGGCUCCUGAAACUGUAUCUGGGAGUAGUUUACUCAAUGAUGGUAGUAGGAGACAUGCAUAUGUUUUGUUAUAAGCUUUAUUGAAUAUCGAUUGUAGUAAAACUACAAUUUAAGGAUAACUGAGAGUAUUUUGCGUUACCCACUUGUUUGUUUUUUCUGUUUAGGACUUGGGAUCACCCUCUGCAAAUGUUACAUCUGAAUGCGCUACUUUUCAUUCCAGAUUAAGUAGCUUUCGGCGAAACACCCUUAAAUUGGUGAAAAAGUGUUAAUAGAAAUAAUAUUUCGAAAAUACUGGGAGUAAAGGAAAAAGUUGAUAACUGAAUGAACUCCAGUUUUAUUAUAGGUGUGUUGCUGAUAGAAAUUUACUGACUACCUACACCAUGAAAGAUUGUUUCUUCAAUAAGAACCAAUAAGAGAAAUCGGAAAUAAUUCUGUUCUCAUGGUUCUAGGGUUAUAGAAGUGAAGAGCACGGGACACCUUUUAAGAACACUUUCCCGGUUCUGUAGAGUUCACCUCCUAUUUUUGAAACUUGAACCUAAAAUCAAUGCUGCAAAGAUGUUAAGCAACUAUCAAGACUGGCCUUUUCGAAUCCGUCCUUCUAGAUGUGGAUCGAAGCUAUUAUCGUUGUUUAUAGGAAAGAACGUAGUAAGACUCAAGACCUGAGUACAGAUGAAAAGAUUUAGAAGAAUUUUACUCUUAAUCCAGUUUGUAUAUAGAACAAAUCAGUGAUUCUAUGUUCCUAUUUUCUUCCCAAGUACUUUGGGAAAUUCACUUACUGAUUCACCGAAUAAUAAACAUCCUGGAUACUAAAGUAAAUCACGUUUUUUGUUUGAAUUCCUCUCAUCAUUGUCUCAUAACAGUAUUUCGUCGUUUCUCAGCAAAGUCGUUUAAGAAGAUUUUUAGUACUAUCACCCGGGCUCCCAAUUUUGGGGGAAAUUUGGCAAAUUUUGGGGAAAUUGCACAAAAAACCCGAAAUUCCUUCAAAAGUUGAGGACUUCCCCAAAAUUGGGAGCUCGGGAAGUAGUCAUCUAUAAAGUUAUUUAGGGUUUUAUAAAGUAUCCUAAGGAAUAUACUAAAUAAUUCCAUAUAUUUGAAGUUUUCGCAACAUUAAGAUUAAAAAAACACACUCAUAAGUCUUAAGAAAUUCAUAGGCUACAGUGAACCACUAUUCAUUUUGGUUCUAUUAAUUUUCUGACAAAAGGUUUCUUAAUUACGCUAACUGUUUAUUCAUAAGCUGAAGUCUAUCAUUAAAGCCUCAUGCUCGACAGCAUAGUUUUAUAACUUGCAUGUUUUUAGUCCGUCUGGUUGAAAGGCUAGUAUUCCAUUGAGAUAGUGGAGAAAGUUCGUAGCUCAGGUGGAUAAUCAAAAUAUCCCAUUCAUUUUUCCCGUUUUUUGUUUAAUAUUUGUAUUCGUUUUAUAGCAUCAUGAAUGCAACUGUUAAAAGACCGCUUGGGUUAUUGAUCUUAUUGUUUUGGAGUUACUUCUUCACUUCGCUAGCUCGGAGAGCCAUACAGAAUAUGUAUCCUAUAAUUCCAGUAGAAUAUAAAGGAACUAAAUCAAAUACUCAUUUAGGUUCCAUAAUUACUGCUCAAACAUUGGGUUAUACAGUUACCAAAUUUAUUGGUGGGAUUCUUAUGGAUCACUUAAAUCCACUUCGAAUUUUUGUUUACUCUCUGAUUUCAGCCUCAGGUUCACUGUUUCUUCUAUCAGUUUCAUCUCAUCAAAUAGUUUGGUUAGUAUCCUAUGGAUUAAUCGGCUUAGCACUUGGUUCUAGUUGGCCAGCCAUAUCAAAGACACUUCGUACCGUAAGUUGACACAAAAUUUGUAAUUCUGUUUAUAUUAUUUAUUUAUUAUUAUUUAUAAAUGACAAUAUUUGAAGUGGCUUAGUUAUAAUUUCCUGUGAAUACCUUUUUUUUUCUAAAACUCCAGAUAAAAAUGAAAACUAGGAAAUCAUUUUUAUAAGAAAGAUUUAUUCAAGUAAUAAAAUCCAUGUAGAAGACAUAAUGUGUUAAUUUAUACGAUGAUUUCGUUUUACCAAAGUACCGUUUGUUUUAAGCGGAUAUCUUUUUACUUACGAAUUAUGUUCUCUUCCUAACUGGGAUAGACUAUUAUUCACAUUAAACUCUUAAUAGUAAGCGGCCAUCCAUUCAAGCUAGUGGAACAGAGGCUAUAAUAUAUAUACGCAUCACUUUGUGAAUGUGCAUGAAGCUGCGGUUCUUUCGUUAAGUAGCCCAAGGGCUGAACAUUAAGUCAUAGGUAUGAAUCAUAUCCCAUCAAUCGAGAUAUCAGUAGCCCAACAGGAUUACUGUUACUUACUUACUUACUUACAUACGCCUGUUACUCCUCGUGAAGGAGCAUAGGUCGCUCACCAGCAUUCUCCAUCCAACUCUGUCCUGGACAAUCCUUUCCAGCUCCUUCCAGUUGUUAUUCAUCCUUUUCAUAUCUGCUUCUAUUUCCCGACGUAAUGUGUUCUUUGGCCUUCCUCUUUUCCGCUUCCAUUCAGGAUUCCAAGUUAGGACUUGCCUCGUGAUGCAGUUUGAGGAUUUGCGUAAUGUAUGUCUUAUCCAUUUCUAUCGUCUUUUCCCACUUUCCUCUUCAGCUGGAAGCUGGUUUGUUCUCUCUUACAAAAGGCUGUUGCUGAUGGUAUCCAGUCAAUGGAUGUUGAGUAUCCUGCGUUGACAACCAUUUAUAAAUAUUUGUACCUUCUUGAUGGUGAUUGUUGUAGUUCUCCUAGUUUCAGCUCCGUACAGUAGAACUGUCUUGACAUUCGUAUAGAAGAUUCUUACUUUGAUGUUAGAUGACAGUUGUUUUGAGUUCCAUAUGUUCUUCAAUUGAAGGCAUGCGACCCUUGCUUUGCCGAUCCUCGCCUUUACGUCUGCAUCUGAACCUCCUUGUACAUCGAUGGUGCUUCCCAGGUAUGUGAAGGAUUCUACAUCUUCCAGAGUUCCGCCAUCGAGUGUGAUUGAAUUGCUGUUCUCUGUGUUGUAUUUGAGGACCUUGGUUUUCCCCUUGUGUAUGUUGAGGCCUAGUGAUACAGGGACUCCUGCUACACUGGCUGUCUUUAUCUGCAUUUGUUCGUGUGUGUAUGCGAAAGGAGAACUAAGUCAUCUGCGAAGUCCAAAUCGUCUAACUGGUUCUGAGAUGUCCAUUGUAUGCCGUAUUUUCCCUCAGAUGUCGAGGUUUUCAUAGUCCAGUCGACCACCAGAAGAAAGAGGAAAGACUAGAGUAGACAGCCUUGUCUGACUCCGGUCCUUACUUCGAAUGCGUCUGUCAGCCGUCCUCCAUGCACUACUUUGCACUGUAGUCCGUCGUAUGAGUUCCGGAUAAUAUUGACAAUCUUCUCGGGAACUCCGUAGUGACUUCAGCUGGUAUAUUCUCGGGUCCUGCUGCUUUCCCGCUCUUGAUUUGUCCGAUGACCAUUCUGAUUUCUUCCGUCGUUGGUGGAUUGACAUCUAUAGGAAGAUCUGUGUAUGCUGCUUCGAUGUCCGGUGGACUCAUUGGAGCCGGCCUAUUCACGAGUUCUUCAAAAUACUCUACCCAUCUGUUCCGCUGUUGUUGAAUUUCAGUGAUUGGCCUGCCUUCUUUGUCCUUGACCGGUCUCUGUGGUUUACUAUAUUUCCUUGCCAGUUUCUUCGUUGUAUCGUAGAGCUGUUUCAUAUUUCCUUCUCUUGCAGCUUUUUCCGCCGUCGUUGCUAGUUCUUCCACGUAUUUCUGCUUGUCGGCUUUAAUGCUCUUCUUCACUUGCUUGUUUGCUUCUAUGUACUCAGCUUGUGCUUGGACUUUCUCUGCUCGUGUUCGGCUGUUGUUAAUUGCUGUCUUCUUUUUCUUCCUUUCUUUGAUCCUGUCCAAUGUUUCUAUGGAGAUCCAUUCCUUAUGAUUAUGCUUCUUGAGGCCCAGAACCUCUUGACACGUUGAAGUUAUUGCUUCUUUGAUACUUUUCCAGCUGUCCUCCAUAGUAGUUUCUUCUUUCAGUAGAUCCUGUAAGGCUUGGGACCUGUUGUUGAGAGUUAUCUUGAAUUCAUUGAGUUUGUCAGUAUCUCGAAGGAAGGCUGUAUUGAACCUUUGUAGUGCUGUUUGUCCAAUUGUGCAGUUCUUCUUUAACUUCAGUUUUAAAUUGGCCACAAAUAAGUGGUGAUCUGAAGCUAUGUCAGCUCCUCUCCUGGUUCUCGCAUCUUCCAUUGUCCUUCGGAACUUUUUAUCGAUGCAAAUAUGAUCUAUCUGGUUCUCUGUAAUGGGGUCCGGUGGGAUCCAUGUAGCUUUGUGUAUACGUUUGUGUAGAAAUAUUGUGCAGCCUAUGACCAAUUUGUUGAUUGCAAACAGAUUUGCAAAUCUUUCCCCAUUUUCGUUUCUCUCUCUCAGUCAAUCCAUGUCGUCCCAUGAUAUCUUCCUAUCCGGUGUUGUCUAUUCCGACUUUGGCGUUUAGAUCUCCCAUCAGAAUGGUGAGGUCAUUUCUUGGGCACUUCUCUAUGAUUGAUUGCAGCCUCUCAUAGAAUUGAUCUUUAAUGUCGUCGUUACUAUCAUUGGUGGGUGCAUAACAUUGGAUAAUAUUCAUUGUGAUCCCCUCUUUCUUUGUUUUGAAUGAUGCUCUGAUGAUUCUGGAUCCGUGAGAUUCCCAUCGUACAAGUGCAUUUCGUGCUACUUUGGACAGUAUUAGAGCAACUCCCUGAGUGUGUGGAGCAUUUUCUUCUUCGUGACCAGAGUAUAGCAGCAUCUCUCCCGUAUUUAGCCUUUGUUGUCCGGUUUGGGUCCAAUGGGUUUCGCUGAUUCCCAGUUCUGCCAAGUUGUAUCUCCUCAUUUCCGCUGCUAUUUGACUGGUCUUUCCGGUCUCCCACAUUGUUCGGACGUUCCAUGUACCUAUAAAAAUUGUUGCUCUGGUUGUUAGAAGGGGCAUCGGCCUCAUGGCUUCCGAAGGAGCUCGGCUUUCACCAUGAGGCGUCAUAUUUCUUCUAAAUGAAAACCUUCUAACUCCCAGGGCAGAUUUUAAAUGGUUUAAAUUAAUUUUUCUGGUUAGGGUUUUUUACGGAGUUAGUUUUCUACGGGAUGGGGUCCCUAACCCCAUGCUCAACCCUCAUUCUUUACCCGGGCUUAGGACCAGAAGUAACUCUAUAACAGCUACAGGCAGAGUUAAGGGGAUUACUGUAGUUUUACUUACUUAGAUUGUUGAGUCGUAUGUACUUGACUCUGAGCCACGGUUUACGUAAGUGUCAAUGAUACUACGUCAUUCCCUAAAAUUUAUUAGACAGAUUUGAAUUCAAACUUGAGACUCAGUGAUUGAAAUCAGAAUGUUUGAAUCACCGCUAAUGCAAAGAGCAUCAUUCAACUUUAGCCACUAAAUAUCAUUUACGAGAUAUUUUUUGCAUUUUAGUGGCCUUUCAGUUAGAUUUGCAUGUAUUUAACUUACUUUUAUAAUAUCUCUUUUUAGUCCCUAUCUUCGUUUUUAAAUUAUCGGUGAAUCUACUUGGUUUCGUAGAGAAACGACGCCGAUGAAAAUAAUCUCUUAAUUAUUAAAAGAAAUAAAUAUUUGAUCAACAGUAACCUAUUGUCUUACAGUUAUUUAACUUGAAGUAUUAUCAAUUACGUAAAUUCCUAGUUCUAAUUUAAAGUACAUAUGAUUUUGUUUCUCAAAGUCUACUUAAAUUACUUUUAGUCUGUGGCUUCUCAUGAAUUAGCCACUUGGUGGGGAUUAAUAUCAUCGUCUUCUAACCUAGCUGGUUGUAUGGGUUCUUGGAUAUCUAUCGUUAUUUCUUCGUAUGCAACAAUAUUACUCGGUGAUUUAGCAUGGAUAGCUCCGUUCAUUUUUGUUGGAGCAUGUUGCAUAAUAUCAGCUUUACUUCUCAAUGUCUAUCUGCGUUCGCAAACGGUUGAUACGCUAAAUAAAAUCGAUCCUAAGAAUAUACCAACUAAAUAUUUUAGUCCUUCUAGAGUAACAUUAUCUAACCAAUUAUUUGGGAAGCAUCUCAACUCAGAUGUAAAACACAAAAGCUAUGAUGAUACUUGUCAAAGUUUAAUGUCCACUUCGAAAUUGGAUCAAAACAGUUAUGAUACAAGUAAUCAAGAAAAGCGUUGUAAUGAAAGUGAGAUCAUGUUAUUACUUUAAUCAGUCCAAUAAAAUUCCUCUUAAAUUUCCUGUUAUAAUAAAAAAAAACUUGAUCAUAGAAAUUUCGUGUAAGAUAUGAAUAGUUGUUCAUUUGGAAUCCACUAAUUGAGAAACAGCGAUCUUAAUUUUUGUGAGUACGGAUUAGAAAAUCUUUUGUAAAAUUACAAAAUGUGCACUUGUUAUUUUGUGUAUGGGAAACAUUAACUUAUUGAUAAAGUGCAACUUUGUUGUGAAUCAAGAGUUUUAGGAUACUGAACCAUGCUACCUUGUCAGUGGUAUUGAAGUGCUUGAUUUUUAGUAUAAAUCUAUAACUCGAUGAUUAAUAAGCAUUUAUUCCGUUUACCUUAAAGUUCUAGUGUAACAUUUCAACCACUCUAAAGCAAAUCAAACUAUUAUAUACAUCAAAUGAAUACGUUUAUUACUAUCACUAACUAGAUCUGAACACUUGUAGUGUCGGCUAUUAUGUUAAGCCCAUAUACCGCCUUAUUCCAGCUUUCGGACAGCCCAUUCUAUUCAUUCUACUUGAGUCACAUUUUGACCUUGUUAAUUAUUCGCUUAUCAAUCUUGACUGUUUUUAUAUGAGCGCGUAGGUGUGUGUACAUUUCUUAUCCUAUUCAUCACAUGUCUGUAACUUAUUUUUGUGUAACUAUAAAUAUUGAUCAACGCUGGGUCAAAUGGGAGUUGGCUUACCCUCCAUCUCCACUGCGCGUCGUUUUGCUUUGCUCUAUUUCAUUCGCUUUGUAUACAAAAUAUAUGUAUUCAAAAAUCGAUUCGCGUCAUUUGACUUAUUUGAUUCCGUUAUUCACUGAACGUGGUUUAAGUCGAUAAAGACAUGCGAGGAUAGGCGGCAUAUACAAUUCAAUAACAAUCAUUCAUACGAUCUACUUGGAGUCAGAACUCGGGCCACUAAAGUGGAGAGCCCGUCAACAAACAUCGUCCGAUCUAAGUGACAAAAUAAAGGGCCCCACCAAAUACUUUUCAUAUUUACGUUAGCCUAGUGUUAUCUAAUGUUUUAUAAUUACUCCAAAAAAGUUAUUGAAACAUUGUGUUAACAUAGCUAAGAAACUUUACGCUUCCAAUAAAUAAUUAUAUUGGAUUUGAUAUCCGAAUAGCAUGGGAAUCAGGAGACUUAUCGGGUUAAAUUUGACCUCAUAAGAUAUGAAUUAUUGUGAUGAGGUCAAAAUUGAUUGUAUUUAGUCUUAUUCUUAUCCAUUCAGGAUAUAAUUUGAUGUGUGAUAAUUUAGUGGGAAUAGAUACGUUCAUCAUAAUACAUGACUUGUUGGUCUAACCACCACCUACUUUGACGGGCAAUUUUCGGUGGUGUAGAAGAGGACUGGAAGAGAGGUAGGAAUACUCAAACCAAGACAUAGCAUUAGUCAACAAAGUCAUUGACUGUUGAUAGUGUAGUGAAAGAAAACAAAGGCGAGGACAACCAAAUGUAUUUGGGUACGCAACUACAGAAUCUCUCAAUAAAAUCUGAGAACCAUACAGUAAAUACUUCAUUUGCAAAGUUUUAGUCAAUUACCUCAAAUUUGAUCGUUCCUUCGUUUCCACACCAAUCAUUCUCUGUUCCUAUUUUCUUCUCGAUCUUAAUUUUCUGCCACCAGGCAUUCCCACUUCAACUGGUGAUACAUACUACUUAUAUCUGUCGACAUUAGUAGCACUCACUACAAUAGACGCAGACUGCCUAGUUGGUAUCCACGCGUUAAGCGCUAUCAGUGGUGGGAUACUUAUUGUGACAGUUCAGAAUUUUCCAAAAUGGUGCAGAUUCAUUCAUUCCUCACCUUCCUCUCGAUUUUGAACUCCAGUAUACCCCUGUACGUGUCUAACCACUCUGUCCUUUUGAACCAUAUUCUAAUGUUCAGUCUUUCUUGUUAUCAUUGCUACUUUAUAAUUCAAUCCAUUGAUGUUUCUCUUGUUAUUUCCAUCUCGUCGUCCCAAUGGGGUGUAGAAACUUGGGCCAAAGUGCAUCUUUGCCAGGCUCCGUUUUGGUAAUGACUUAUUAAGAAACGCUUAAAAAAUCAAAGUAUAUAUAUGCAUUAAGCUAAUUUCUCUGAUUACCUCUUAAAAUCCACUUGCAUUAAUUUAAUACAAGAUUUCUUGAUUUCUUUAUUUUCCAACUCAGUAACGCAGUACAAUUUCUUGUGGUCACUUUUAAUCCACACCUUUUUGCCCGACAGCCAAUCGAAUAGAUAGGUAUUUGAACCUAAAAUUUAGUGAUUGAAAAUCAAUUUCCCUAAUUGGAGCAGUGGCUUGGUGGUCCACCCACUUAAUCACGGGUUCAAACCCAUUUCCAUUUUACUCGAGUUUGCUAACCAAGAAGUAUCAACACUCACGUUUAUUUUUUUCUCUAGAAACGAGCAAUUAUAAAUAGGUUUACAAUAGAACCGUAACUUCACGCUUUCGGGAAUCGGUUGACUAAGUGGUGGUUAAAAUACACUUGACUGCCAAAUGUGACCUUCCCAUAUUUAAAUUUUGCCUUAUGUAGUUUGGUCUAGCAAGCAGAUCAUAUCACAAAUCCUUACAUAAAUAAGUAUAACUUAAAACUAAGUAGACCAGUUUAUACUUAUUGAGCCAUCUAAAAAAUUUCAUAAUUAAAUACUGAGCCGGUAAAUCAUAUUUUGAAAGUUCUUUGACAAUCACGUGUUUUAAAUUAUCAGCAUCCAGUUUUUUACAUUCUAGAAACUAGCCGAUUAUCGAACAACUGUCAAGAUAAAGAUUUUACUGAAAAUCACGAUAAUGGCGUGACAAUUCAACCCAUUAAAGUGAAUAUUAUUAAUCAAAUAUCAAAAUUGUUUCGUAUUUUAAGUCCAAGACAACGUUUAUUGUUGGGUACCUCCGCUAGUGUUCACAUGUUCAGUACAUUUUUACGUUAUGCAAUAGGCGAUUGGAUUGCAAUUAUGCUUUUGAAUAAUAAACAUGGUUACUCACAAAGUACCGCUUAUUUAGUUGCCAGUAGUUACGAAUUCGGUGGAAUAUUUGGGUCUAUGUUAGUUGGAAUAGUAGCUGAUUUGAAUGUGUUUUCUAGAGUAUUUUCAUGGCCUAGUCGUCGGAUUCCAUUAAUAAUUAUACAAAUGUUAAUUGCUAGUGGUACAUUAUGUUGUCUAAGUUGGAUUACCAAUCAUAAUGCUUCUUUAGUAAGUGCAAGUUUUUUUUUUGUUUCUUUUUCUGAUAUUCAUGUUUGCGGUAUAGAAAAGUAUCAUGCAUAAGUCACCAAGUGCAGUUUCAUUCAUGUAUUUGACUUUAAGUAUUGUUAGGACUUGUCAAAAUUAUCGGUAUGGGGUUGUGUAGAUUGUUAAGUUUCACUGAAAUCAUGAGCCGAUCGAUUUUAAACCACCAUUAAAAACCAGAAAUCAAUGGACCGUCGUUCCGCUCUAGCAUGGGAAUCCUCAGCAAUCCGCAUCCACGACUCCUCAUGUGGGAAUCGAACCCGAGACCUUUGGUCUUGCGCGCGAACGCUUAACUUCUAGACCAUUGAGCCAGGAUCUGACGGUGUUAAUGUCUAACUUCACUCAAUCCACGAUAUUGACACAAUGUGGACACGGCUACUAGUAUUGUGUUGUGCGCUACUGAUGUCGACAGAUAUAAGUUGUAUAUGUCACCAAUUGAAAGUGAAAUGCCUGGUGGCAGAAGGUUAAAAAGAUCGAGAAGAAGAGAAUGGGAACAGAGAAUGAUUGGCGUGUAAACGAAGGAACAACCAAGUCUAAGUUAAUUCAUUAAAAUUUUGCGAAUGAAGUAUUCGCUGUGUGGUUCUAAGAUUUUAUUGAGAGAUUCUGUAAUUUUGUGUUCAAAUAUAUUUGGUUGUCCCCACUGGUGUUCUCGUUCACUACAAUAUGACUAGCUGUUGUAACUCCCGAGUAAACAGCUAUUUACUACUUAUUACAACAGAACAAAACUAAUGUGGCUAGAUUCAAAGAAAAAUACCACGUAAGAGAUGAAGAUUUUUACUUACAUCAAACACAUAUCAAAACGUACAGUGUAAUUUAUGUCAUUUUUAAAUAUCCGACUAAUAACUUAAUUUGAGUGCAUCAAACUGUCAGUAGUCAAUAUUGAUUAACCAGUUAUUUAAUUUAUCUAUUUAAUUCUCAAAAUCAGUGUUUCAAACUGCAUGUACUGAUCAUUAUAACUAAAUUACUGAGUUAUACGUUGUGCUCCUUUCUAAUAGACAUAUUUUAUAUGAAUCCAUAUAAUACCAACCAGUUGUUUAAGCAAUAAGGUGAGGAAAGCAAUGCUUGAACCUACAGUUCAAUUACUGAAAGUCAUUUUCUUUAAGCACAAAGUCAUCAAUUCACUUCUUGUUAGUUAGCCAUGGAUGGUAACUCGAUAUUGAGUCUAUAAGUAUGACAACUUGAUAGUCUGAUCUCAUUUUCAUUGACUAAUGAUGAUGAUGAAUGGUCUACAAGAUUGUAUUAUACAAUUAAUUCUUAAAAUAAUUUCAAUAUUGUUGGAAAAUAGCAUUGUUAUCUUCACACAUCUAUUUAAAAUUUGAAUCUCCAAAAAUUAAUUAGUGUCUACUUGUUAAAUAAUAUAAAUUAGUGUGUUAUUUUCAGUAACAUUUCACAAUUAAUCUCUAUUUUUAUCUUCAUAAUUGUAGGACUUGAUACAAAAAAUUUGUCAAUUACACUUAUCUGUUUUCGUUAUUCGAUUAUUAGAUUUUUAUUAAUCAUGAUGAGAUUCUUCCUCUACAUUCUAAACAAGAGUAAAAUAAGUCAAGUUUUAGAUGUUUUGCUCUUAGAAAUCUUUUAUCUUUGACAAUAUUUUAUAGUUUAAGAUCAUAUAUAUGCUCUACUAGUUACGGUUUAUGAAAUUGUAGUGAUUAGUGAAAUGGUUAGCGAUCAUGAGCUGUGCAUCUCAUGUUACAUUUGAUCUCAUUUUAUAAUCCUGUCUAAAGUAGGAUCAUGUUUAAAAACGUAAAGGGGAAUAUUUCAAAACGUAUCUAAUAUCUCUUCCAAACUGCAUGACUAGAAUUACUAAUAUAAAAUUUUUAACUUCUUUUAUACAGUAAUAAUAGGAGUACGAACCUCAAGAACAAUUCUUAGUGUAAAUCACUGUCCAAAUUUAUCCGAUAACCACUGAUCGUCCUACCAUGGGACUCACCAGCAAUGCACACUCGUUCCCCUUCAAGAAUUGAGCUGUAGGUCUCACUCUGGAAGCCUUACUUUUAGAUCACUGAGUUGAUGUCUAAUUAUUCAUAUUUCUAAUUUCAAUCAAUUCAUGAUAUUGCGCUGCCAUCAUCCAUUGUCAUCAGUGAUACACAUCUCACUCACGAUAUGAUUCAAUUACGUUAAUUACAACUACAGGAAUUCCUGUCAAGGUUACCCAUUGGUGAGCCCAAGACUAUACUCCUCAUUAUCAGCUUGGUACUUGGUACUACUGUUAUCGGGACAAUUGCUUUAUGUGGUGUUUUAGCUGUUGAACUUGCUCCACCUGCUUUUAGCGGUACUGCACAUGCGUUGAGUGCUUUGAUUGCGAAUUUUGGGGCUUUAUUGGCUGGGUACCCAUUUGCUGUGUUGGCUGAACAUGUCAACUGGUCUGGUGCCUUUCUUGUAGCUGGGAUAGUAUGCGGACUUUCAGUUAUUCCACUUUCAUGUUUUUGAGAUUUCCAACUCUUAUGUUCUCUUAAUAAUGUAGAUUAUUUUACAAUUGUUUUUAGAUGUUGUGCACUUUUUUUCAUUUUUAACAUUUCUUGGUAAUACACGUUGAAUAUCAGAUGAGUUCUAACUUUCCUGGUUGUGGAAUUUCUUUUUCUACACCAAUUUUGCAUUUCAUGGAGUUACGAAUUCAUACUUUUUUUUGCCAAUGGGAGUGUUUACACUUUAUUUUCACUCAAAUUCAAAUAAACAAUGUCUCUAAAUGCAUGCUGUGCUUAAGGACUGACCUGCGUCAACACCUGAACCAAGGAUAGUGAGUGAAGUAGUCGAACACGUUGACAACUUCACUUAUCUUGGAAGUCUGAGCAACCCUAGUAGGUUGGUGUCUGACGAAAUCUCGGCACGGAUUCGAAAAGCUCGUUUGGCUUUAGCCAACUUACGUCACGUAUGGCGAAGGCGAGAUGUUCGUCUAUCAAUAAAAGGACGAGUAUACUGCGCGGCAGUCCGCUCUGUUUGAAUUUACGGCAGCGUGACAUGGCGCCCGUAAGCUGCCGCAGUAAUAUUGCUGGGAUCACCGGGUAAGUAAUAGUGAGGUUAGACGCAGGGUAUUAGGGAAUGAUGGUGAGCCAGUCGAUGAGGUUGUAAAUCUUCA